AUGUGCCGGCGGGCCCGCAAGUCCGAAGUGAGUGAGGGCCUGCCGCUGGUCCCGGACUCCGAGGGCGAGCUGCCGAGGUGGGUCACCCUCUGUGAGGAGCGCGGCCGAAAAUUCCGCUGCUUCUACGGCCACCCGCUGGUUCCCUCCUUCCCGGCGGAGUACUCGGGCUGCUACAAGUGCCAUUCGUUCAUACGCGGCCGCAAGACACUGAUGUUGUGGUGUCAGGUGUGCAAGUACUGGGGUAUCUGCGCGGACUGCGCGCGGCGGCCCAGGCUCCCCGCCCUGCGGGACGACCCGCUCUUCUUCGGGCGGGACCACCCGUGCCUGCUGCGGCUGCCCCCGCGCGGCGAGGAACAAAGGGACGGCCACUUCCAGGUCUGGCGGGUCAUCUGCCCGGGUGGCAACUACGAGUUCCUCGUCGCCAACGAGGCCCAGCCCGUUGCGGAUUGGUUGUCCAGGCACCGCGUGCGCGCGUUCGUGCUGCGCUACAGGCUGCUCCCUCGGUACGACGUCGACCGCUCCCUCGAGGACCCGACCUCGCCUCCGCCGUCGCGGCGCUGCGGCAGUCCUUCCAGGGGCCCCUCGCCGCCAUCGGCUUCUCAGCCGGCGGCCACCUGA